GUUGUCAACAUCCUUUGCAUUUAGUUUUCCCCUGGCCCCUAAAUUCCAAUUGAGAAGUAGAAAAUAAAAAACAGUUGGUGGAAUCUUGAGAUGGUAGCCUCAUAAGAAAAGUAGCAAAAAGUGGUGGAAGCUUCAGAUUGGCCUCAUAACAGAAGUGGCUAAAAAAUAUAGAUUUCUUGGGGUUGUCACAAAAAAUUUCCCGAGUUAAUUUUUUUCCUCAUUUAAACGUUUUAGACAUAUAUAAUUAAUUUCCAGAUUUUGUGAUGCAAUACUGUGGAUUCUCUUUAGUUUUGGUGGAUGAGAUCUACAUUUGAGAAUGAGAGUUCAACUACACAUUCUUUACUUCAAAGAGCUAUGCUGACUUUACGUCAAUGGUAUGAAAUAAUUUUAGCUAUGGUUUAUGACUGAGUAAUAUUCUUCCUCGGGCUCCUUUUUUGGUAACUCUCUACAAAUUGCAAAUCUUGUAUAGAUUAGUUAUCAAUUGUCUUUCUUGAGUUUCAGGCUGCCCAUACUGUACUUUUUUACUAUGUUAAUAUUUCAAUAUGUGCAUUUGUAUGUCUCCAUGUGUUUAUAUGGAUACACUUCCGCAAGGGUAGUUGAGUAAGUCAUCAUUCUAUUAAAAUGUAGGAAGAGCAAGUAGCUGCUGUUCUAUAUGGGAAAGACAUAGAAAAGUAUGCAGACAACUUCACCCCGUUUUCCACUUACUUGAUAUCUACUGCAAAAGUGAGAGUUCCUUUACCCUACGAAGUACCUAUCAACCAUUUUGAAUGGGUUAUUGAUAAAUUUACUGUCGUCGAAGAGGUGAAAGAUGCUAACAUACAAGACCCACCGCUCCCACCUCCGACGAGGUUGAAUACUGUACCUUUUGCAUAUUUGCACGAGCAACAGCGAAAUACGGAAUUUGGCAAUCAUUAUUUUACGUGUAAUACCUUCUGACAAUUAAAUUUAUUUGUAUCCUUACAUUCUGAGACCGUGUACAUUGGUCUAAAUUAUAAGUCGCUUGCAAUGUCCACUACACAGACAUAAUCGCCAUUCUGGUGAACUGUGGCUCGAUAAAGUAUGUUGGCGCUAACAAUAGAAAAUAUCGUGAAAUCACCAUAAUGGAUACCAAUAUGAGGCCUACUAUCCUUACGCUGUGGGAAGACUUCGCCGACGCUGAUGGAAGCAUCCUCGCUGCAGAGGUUGCUGAAUAUCCAGUAAUUGUAGCAAAACGAAUUAUGCGAACCACCUAUGCUGGAUUAUCAUUGUCGACAAGGUACAACUCGGUCAUACUGAUAAAUCCACUAUAUCCUCAAGUUGGAAGACUUCUAAACUGGGUCAGAGACAACCGACCAAGACUUAUGAGAUACAGUCAGCAGGCAGUAGAUUCGUCUCUUAUGCUUGCGGCAGAAUACAAUGAUACUGUCCCAAUUGCUGAUAUCCAGUCACAACCUCAUGUAGAUACAACUCUUUUACGUGGAAGGUAAAUUAUCAUUGCCGGCUGAUGACCAAGAUUUUUAUGAAUUACUGUGUUCCCACUACGGGCAGCAGUACAGAACUCAUUCGCCGAAAAUUAUUCAUUGUGCGAGCUGCAAACAACAUGCGAUGUUAACACCCAUGUAUUGUGACUUUGAAUUCAAGCCUAAUAAAAUAUGUCCGUUCUACAUCUU